GGAAGUUGCAUCAGGAAGUUAUCGUUAAGUUGUAUGACUUCAACUGUCCUUGCUGCUUACACCUCUUAGCAGUAAAACAUUGCUCGGCUACAUAGUGUGAGCAUCCUUUUUUGUUAUAGCCUUUUACUAGAAAAUUCUAGAGAUAGAUAUUAUACACCCAAGCAAUUUGUAGUAAAAGUUAGUGCAUCUUUAAAUUAAUUGUAUUCCAGAUGAAACCAGGCACCAUUUUUGGGCAUAAAAAAAUCAUCAUGGAUACAACCUAUGCAUCCACUGUGGAUGACGCGAUUCACCCAAAAUUCAGCCAUCUAGAUAGUGAAAAAUUGUGCCGUGAAAAACUGCAGGCACUCCACAAUGAGCUCUGCUGAGUUGUAUAUGUCUUUUGUGAUGGGCAUCUACUAGUUAAUUGUGGAUCAAUUGUGCUCCUUGCAAUUUUAUUGAUGUGUGAAUGUUGUGAUAUUUGAAAAUCGUAUCUAUCAAACUGAAUUGAUUUUUGCAAUCUAAUGGAGUCUGUUCUAUUUACUGUUUCUGCAAGAAAAGUCGGCUCAACAACAACACCUUGUCAGGAAACAUUCCUAUGUCUCUAACUACUGUGGCUACACUUCAAGUUCUUGAUCUGUCAAACAACCGUUUGACAGGACCAACUCCAGUCAAUGGCUCCUUUCAACUUUUCACUUCCUUAAGUUUUGCUAAUAAUCAGUUGCAACCUGCUCCAGUUUUGCCACCAUCUCCACUUUCUCCAAGACCAUCUUCUUCUUCAGUGGGCAAUAGUGCCACUGGGGCUAUUGCUGGAGGAGUUGCUGCUGGUGCUGCUCUGCUGUUUGCUGCCCCUGCAAUUGCUCUUGCUUUGUGGCGACGUAGGAAACCUCAGGAUCAUUUCUUCGAUGUUCCUGCUGAAGAGGAUCCUGAAGUUCAUCUAGGACAGCUCAAGAGGUUCUCUUUGCGUGAACUACAAGUUGCAUCAGAUAAUUUUAGCAACAAAAAUAUUCUUGGUAGAGGUGGAUUUGGUAAGGUCUACAAAGGUCGCUUGGCUGAUGGUUCUCUGGUGGCAAUAAAAAGACUAAAAGAGGAGCGUACUCAAGGUGGGGAGUUGCAGUUCCAAACAGAAGUAGAAAUGAUCAGCAUGGCUGUGCAUCGAAAUCUACUUCGUUUACGUGGUUUUUGCAUGACACCAACAGAACGGGUGCUUGUUUAUCCGUUCAUGGUUAAUGGAAGUGUUGCAUCAUGUUUAAGAGAGCGAGGUGAAUCACAGCCACCACUUGAUUGGCCAAUAAGGAAGCAAAUUGCACUGGGAGCUGCAAGGGGCCUUGCUUAUUUGCAUGAUCAUUGUGACCCUAAGAUAAUUCACCGGGAUGUCAAAGCUGCAAACAUAUUGUUAGAUGAGGAGUUUGAAGCAGUUGUUGGAGACUUUGGGUUGGCCAAACUCAUGGACUAUAAGGAUACCCAUGUCACCACUGCUGUACGUGGCACAAUUGGGCAUAUAGCUCCGGAGUACCUCUCCACCGGAAAGUCUUCAGAGAAGACUGAUGUUUUUGGAUAUGGGGUUAUGCUUCUUGAACUCAUCACUGGGCAGAGGGCUUUCGACCUUGCUCGACUUGCCAAUGAUGAUGAUGUCAUGUUGCUUGAUUGGGUAAAGGGACUUCUGAAGGAAAAGAAGUUGGAAACAUUGGUUGACGCCGAUCUUCAAGGCAAUUAUGUUGAUGAAGAGGUGGAGCAGCUAAUACAGGUAGCUUUGCUCUGCACACAGACUUCCCCAAUGGAACGCCCCAAGAUGUCAGACGUGGUUAGGAUGCUUGAAGGUGAUGGCUUGGCGGAGAGGUGGGAAGAGUGGCAGAAGGAGGAGAUGUUCCGGCAAGAGGUUAACCACACCCACCACCCAAAUACUGAUUGGAUCAUCGCCGAUUCCACCUCCAAUCUCCGUCCCGAUGAAUUGUCCGGUCCAAGAUGAUCCUUUAGUGGCUCUCUUGUUGGCACAUAUAUAGAAAUCACUUGGAAGCCCAUUUCAUAUUUGGAAUUGAAUUUUACCAUCUUUGUGCAUAUGAUUUUCUUCCCUCUCUCUCUCUCUCUCAUAAUUUUUCCCUUGUCAAGUUUAUACCAGUUGUCCGAAUUUUGACGGUACUGAAUGUCCAUAGGUUGCAGGUUGCAGGUUGCAUUAAGAGUUUUCAAGUGCACAAGCAAAAAUGGCUGUGGAAGCAGCAAUGUAUUUUAGUUUUAUGUAUUCAGAUAGUGAAAAUUGUUUACAAAGAAUAAUUACAAUUGUUACCUGAAAGCAAUCAUAACUCACCUCGAGUGCAUUGUAAAGCAGUUUUCCCUUCCUCUAUUUCUG